CGGCGGUGUGGCGGCCAGCGCGGUGCUGCGCGAGCUUCAUGGGAGACCGACACACUGCGCCUUCCAGCUCGCGAAAGUUCGUUCCGCGGUCGCUGUUAAAGUUUUCAUUUCUGUCUGUUGAGAAACCGCUUCAUCCCAGGUUGUCAUAUCGACAUGCAGGAGUCCAAGACCGAUCAAACAACCAAUAGCAGUCCAACUGGGCAGGAAGGUCAGAGCUCAGAAAACGAGAAGAGACUAAACAGUGAAACGUCUUCAUCGCCGUCAGCUACAACGCAGACCCAACAAACACAGGCGCUACAAGUUGCUCAACAACAACAACAGAAGCGGCAGCAGCAGCAAGCAAGUGGUGAGAAGUCCCCCAAGAGCACAGAAAAGGAGGCAGACACGCAGGUGCCUGUAUCAGCGGGGAUGAUCACUCCUCAGGCCAUCACCCCUCAGCAGAUGCAGCAGAUCCUCCAACAGCAGGUCCUGAGCCCUCAGCAGCUCCAACUGCUACUGCAGCAACAGCAGGCCCUCAUGAUACAGCAGCAACAGCUUCAGGAGUUCUACAAGAAACAGCAAGAGGAGCUCCACCUGCAGCUCCUGCAGCAACAGCAUGCUGGGAAACCAAGUAAAGAGCAGAUGAUGGCCCAGCAGAUGGCUAUACAGCAACAGUUACUCUCCGUUCAGCAGCAGCACCUGCUCAACCUGCAGAGACAGGGCCUGCUGACUGUCCCGUCAGCUCUGGCCAAUGCACUGCCUCAGGGCCUGAUCCCCGCUGAGCUUCAACAGCUCUGGAAAGAGACGUCCGAUGCGCGACAGGAGGAGAAGAGCAGAGGAGACAAAUCCCCCUCGCCACCUAAAACUCAGACCCUCAACCACCACUCCAGCACCAAUGGGCACCAUCUGCAAAGACCUAUCCGGAGAGACAGUUCUCAGGAGAAUCAUCCUCAAAGCAGCCAUCCUCUGUACAGCCACGGCGUGUGCAAGUGGCCAGGCUGCGACGCUGUUUUCGGCGACUUCCAGUCAUUCCUCAAGCAUUUGAACAGUGAACACGCUCUGGACGACAAGAGCACUGCGCAGUGCCGAGUUCAGAUGCAGGUGGUUCAGCAGCUGGAACUGCAGCUCGCUAAAGACAAAGAACGCCUUCAGGCCAUGAUGGCCCACCUUCAUGUCAAGUCUACUGAGACCAAACCAGCCCCUCAACCGGUGAAUCUGGUGUCCAACCUCACUCUUGCCAAGGCGACCGUUCCCAAGAGCACUUCAUCUAUGAGCCUGUCCCAGAGUGCCACUGCCCCAUCCACGCCACUCACGUCGCUCCCUCAGACGCCCUCCGUCAUCAUCCCCACCAGCCUGCACAGCAUGGGCCCCAUACGCAAGCGCUACUCUGACAAAUUCAACAUAGCCAUGGACCAAGAUAUUGUUCAGAAUAAAGAGUUCUACCUCAGUGCUGAGGUCAGGCCUCCAUUCACGUAUGCAGCUUUGAUCAGACAGGCCAUUCUGGAGUCUCCAGAAAAGCAGCUAACACUAAACGAGAUCUACAACUGGUUUACUCGAACUUUUGCGUAUUUCAGACGCAAUGCAGCGACGUGGAAGAAUGCAGUUCGCCACAACCUCAGUCUCCACAAGUGUUUCGUACGAGUGGAGAAUGUGAAGGGGGCCGUUUGGACUGUGGAUGAGCUGGAGUUUCAGAAAAGACGGCCACAGAAGAUCACUGGCUCUCCUCUGGUGAAGAACAUCCAGUCCAGUCUGGGUCAGAGUCCUGCUCUAUCUGCUCUACAGGCGGUGAUGGUGGACAGCAGCCUGCCCCUGUAUGGCUCUGCGUCUAUGGGAGCGUCCAGUCUGAAGGCUCUGUCUGGAGCUCUGCUUGGGGACUUAAGCCCUCACGACCAUGAUGAGGCUUCACACAGCGACUCCAGCCUAGAGCUUUCGCCUCUGCCCACACUGCAUCAUUCUCAAAUCAAAGAGGAGCAGAUGGAGCCAGAGGACUACAGCGGCUCCAUGUCUCCAGAAGCAGAAGAGCAGCAGAGUCCAGACACCAACCACACCAGCGACUACACCUCCACAUCACCGCACGCAUUCCACUGCUGAUCUCCACAACACAAGCUCUUCUUAUUUAUUGUCCCAUUGACCCGUUUGAGCACACUGGUACUAAAGGGCUCCUCCGCGUUUGAGAAGGACCUGCAGCAGCUUCACGUCAUCUGAGGUUAGUUUAUGAAACACUACGAGACAACAACCGCUUUACCUGAAAGAGAAGACGUUUCUUUGUCAGCUUUCCACGAAACCGCUUCACCGCAGCUGUGAAUGAAAAGCUCUUUAUAGUCAAAUGCGAGUUCGCAUGACCUCAGAUACUGUAGGGUUAGUUGAUGACGGUAACGUGUGGCCUUAAAAUUCAGGCUGCUUAAUGGUAGAAUGGAAAAUCGUGAAUGUCUUUGUCAUUUUUUUUUACCUCGUUUAUUAUUUUUUUCCAUGAUAAAAACGAAUACCAAAGGGGAACAUUUUUAUAACCAGCACUUGAUGAUGAAUGUUUGUUUUUAUUCUCAAUUGAUUAGUUUUAUUUUCUCUCUUCUCGUUUGUACAGAAGGUUACUGUAUUUCCAUUAUCCAAAAGCAUUUAUAAAAUAGAGUCUCAAAAAAGGUCCUAAUCAUUUAGUUAUAGCACCAAAAGCUGAACCAAAUUUAUCUCUUUUUUUAUUUGAGUAUAAUUUUUAGUUUGUGUCUUGGUUUGAUUUCUCUGUUGUAGAAUUAAUCAACAGUUACCAAAGAUUGUGAAUGCUGUUUUUAACGUUGUGUACCCUGUUUACAUUCUCGCUUUUGAUAUGGCCAAGGCUUGAUAAGUCUUCACUAGAUGAGUAUAGGAUGCAUUUAAUGUCGCCUUCGUGACAUUUGAGCAGUUUUCAUUGUAAACCGUAAAACAUUUGAUCUGAUAACUUGUUAUUGUGCUACAGAGAAAAUAGUUGAUGACAAGGAAAAGAAUGCGUCAUUGUUGACUGAAUAACUUGCAUUACACAUGUCCAAAAAAUGGGGGACAUCUAUUUCAAAUCAGCUGUCAGUUUGUUCGAUAAUUCUGAAUAAAUGGCCUUAUGAUUAAUAAAUUCUUCUUGUAUAAA